AUGCCACAUGCUAAAGUGCUGCUCCUCCUCAUCCUCCUCUGCGCUGCCGAGACCAGCCGGGCCCUCAAGCUCUACAAUGCCGCCUCCAUCUUCAGUUGCCUCAAUGCGGCCCUCACCGAGGCCCAGAAGAGCCACCCAGAUGAGAAAGACCAUCUGGACAAGCGUGGCUUGGACUACCCAGUACCAGAGGAUGCAUCUGAAGAGGAGGAGGAGGAGGAAGAGGCAGUGGAGGAAGAGAAGGAGAAAAGGACAUUCCCAGGGGAAGGCCACUACAAAUAUGUCUCCCAAGCACAGGUGAAGGGGAAGACAUAUCAAAACCGGGCCAAGAGUGACCGCCGCACCAAGGUCACCCUCUCUCUUGACGUCCCCACCAACAUCAUGAACAUCCUCUUCAACAUUGCUAAAGCCAAGAACUUGAGGGCAAAGGCUGCAGCCAACGCACACCUCAUGGCCCAGAUCGGGCGGCGAAAGUGA